CCUCCAUCGCUAGAAAUCUUUUAUGUUCUAAUCAAUUACGUUUAAUACGACAAAAAGGGCUUUUGAAAAGUCAAUUUCAAAUCGUAUUUAGGUUUCCUCGAGAACAGCUAAUUUUUAGAUUUUUAAUCGCUUAAGCGAGAAAGUCAGCUGACCCCAAGAGCCACCUACAUUAUUUACUGUUGAUGUAGUGUCACUUUUGCGGUUUUUUUACAAAGUAUAUACGCUGUUCAUCCCCAUAGAGUGAUGACAGCUGAAAUCAUGCAUAGCAUAUACACAAUAGUCAUUUUUGGCAUUCUUGGAUCAAGUGUGGUUCACUCUUUGCCCCCAGAGCAACCCAUUACUGGGGGUAUGCUUUACCCCAGGGAAACAAUGACGAGGGAUAUUAAAGAUCUUGGUGGGAUUUGGCAGUUUCAAGUUGACUUGUCUACAUGGAGGAAUCAAAGUUUAGUUAAAGAAUGGUGGAAAAGGCCCCUUGCUGAAAAUGUUGAUCAUGUCUUAGAUAUGCCAGUACCCUCGAGUUACAAUGACAUCACAGCUAAUCGCUCAAUACAGAAUUUUGUUGGUUGGGCCUGGUAUGAAACCACAUUCCAGACACCUAAACACUGGCUUGAUACUGUCGAAGGCAAAAUUGCCAGGAGGAUCGUCCUGAGAUUUGAAAGCGUCAGAUACUAUGCCUCCGUUUGGUUGAAUGGCAUGGAGGUGAUGUCUCAUGAAGGCGGUCACUUACCAUUUGAAGCUGAAAUCUCCCAGUAUCUGUUCGCUCCCCCUGUUACUAACAGACUGACUGUGGCAGUGAAUAGUACCAUGCAUGCACAUACGUUACCCCCAGGAUCUUUCUCAUGGGAGCCAAACACAAAUCGAUAUCCUGAGAAUUACUUCAUUAUGGAUCCAGUUGGCAAUUUCUUCCAUUAUUGUGGCAUUGAUAGGCGUGUUUUGUUGUAUAGCACACCUUUGGUAUAUAUUGAUGACAUCACAGUGGACACUACAUAUAGAAACAUUUCAGGCAAUAUAACAGGAGUAGUGAAUUACAACAUCAGCGCUAUAGGAACUACGACACAAAACAAGGUUUACGUUUCUGUGAUUGACAAAAGUCAGCCUGGAAAAGCUAAAGUUAUUUCCUCCAGUAAAAUGGUCAAGGGAGACAUAGCUGCAAGUGUAGAGGUCCCAGAUGCCAAACUAUGGUGGCCAAUGUACAUGAGUAAUAGCCCAGGUUUUAUGUACACAUUGCGUGUGACGAUAGUUGAUGUCUCAGGUAUCGCGAUAUACGACCAAUAUGAUCUUCCAAUCGGAAUCAGAACAGUUAGGGUCACUAAAACGCAGUUCCUUAUCAACGAGCAGCCAUUUUAUUUUCAUGGGUUUGGAAAACACGAAGAUUAUGAUCUCAGAGGUAAAGCAGUUGACCCUGUCACAAAUCUCCGGGACUUUUAUCUAAUGAAAUGGAUUCAUGCGAACUCAUUUAGAACAUCUCAUUACCCCUAUGCAGAGGAAAUCAUGGACUUAGCUGAUAAGUAUGGGAUAGCUGUAAUAGAUGAAUCACCAGCUGUAGGGCUAGCCUCUAAGGAAAAUUUUGACCCAGUGGUGCUACAAAAACAUCUGAAGGUAGAAUCGGAGCUGAUCCGACGAGAUAAAAACCGCCCAGGUGUCGUUAUGUGGUCCCUUGCAAAUGAGGCGAGCUUGGGACAUGACUACUCGACUGCUUAUUUCAAGGCUGUAUUUCAACAUGUAAAGGCUCUAGAUAAAACCCGUCCUGCAUCUAUGGUUCUCAAUCAGCAUGGAAACGCAACAUUUUUCUGUGAUGUCAUAUUGUUUAAUGUCUACCAUGGUUGGUAUAAUGACAGAGGAAGACUAGAAACUGUGGCACUUCAGAUGUAUGAUGAUAUGUCGACAUGGUAUAAAGAGCUCCAAAGGCCUGUCAUGAUCACAGAGUAUGGAGCAGGGGCUGUUGCAGGAAUGCACCUACUGCCCAGCUUUACAUAUACAGAAGACUACCAGGUUGAAAUUCUUCGAGAAAAUCAGAAAGCCUUUGAUAAACUCAAGGCUGAGGGCUACUUUGUUGGUGAGAUGAUAUGGAACUUCGCAGAUUUUAAGCAGCCCCCUCUGAGUGAUAUAGUGAUCAACAAUCGCAAGGGUGUAUUCACUCGUCAGCGCGACCCUAAAGAAUCUGCUUAUCUCGUCAAAGAUCGCUACGUGAAGCUAGCCCAAGCAAUGCAACAGUCCAUGGGGAUGCAAUCAUUACAAAAUGAGGUGGAUGAAAAACUAAGAUUUGUCCCUGAGAAUGGUGUUGACUUGUUAUAAAUAUUCAGCGCUUUAAUUGGCAGCAAAGAGUAGAUGGUGGAAACUCCUAUGCUAAUGUUUCCCUUGUAAUUCUUAUUUAAUUAUUUGAAAAAUCAUUUGAAGAGAAUGUAUAAAUGGACAUACCAAAAAAUGUCCACAACAGCCAUUUUCUGUCUACCUAGUCUUAUCGCCAUUGAUUGUAGUAAAGGGUCUAAUCUAAUGGGGCGGUUUUGGUGCUUAUUGGACUUAAGCAUAAUAGUUUUCUGUUCACCUAUUUAGACGAACAAUUAAUAAAAUGAUAUAUGUAUAUUUUUCAGAUGUGCCAUACUUUUUUACAUACGAAGGCAAUGUGUUAUGCAAUACUAUAUAUUUUAAAUAUUUAACUUUAUAAUAAUGCAAAAUAUAUUUUAAGGAAUAAUAUAGGAAUAUCCUAUGGUUUUGAAAAAAUAUCAUUUGUAUCCAUGAGUGUAUAUUGAUAUCUUCAUGAGUGAGUGCAGCAAAUGAGUGAAAAUAUUUAUAUCCAUGAGUGAAUAUAAUUGAUAUUUUUGAAAA